GGUGAGGGGAAUGGAUUGGACUCCGGUGGGGAAAGCGGGUGUCUGGAAGUGGUGCUAAUGGGAAGAGAUUUCUGGUUUCUAAAGAGGAUGCUCUGCCACAAAGAGCGGCUCGCGCGCUGGCCUGGGCUCUAGCCGAGGAGAGAUCCCGGGAGAACUCCAGAGCUCGGGGUAGCGGUACUCGGAACACCAGGUUCAACAUGCCUGUUCGCAGGGGGCAUGUGGCACCACAAAACACAUUUUUGGGGACCAUCAUACGGAAAUUUGAAGGGCAAAAUAAAAAAUUUAUCAUUGCAAAUGCGAGAGUGCAAAACUGUGCCAUCAUCUACUGCAAUGAUGGGUUCUGUGAGAUGACUGGUUUCUCCAGACCAGAUGUCAUGCAAAAGCCAUGUACCUGCGACUUUCUUCAUGGGCCUGAGACCAAGAGGCAUGAUAUUGCCCAAAUUGCCCAGGCUUUGCUGGGAUCAGAGGAGCGGAAAGUGGAGGUCACCUACUAUCACAAAAAUGGUAAAGUCUAUCUAUUUAGGAUUUUUGAAUUUUAUUCCUUUGAAAUGAAAAAUUGA